AUGGCCGACCUCGCUCGUGAAGAAGCUGACCGUUUCUUCUCUUCCCACGACCACCAUAUUUCUCAUCCUGAAGAUCGUGACGACCGUUCAAGACAUUCUUCUGAAGAUCCAACUGAGCCUGCCUUUGAACCUCAACACUCCGAUCCUGGUACGGACGACGAAGAUAACAUGGCUACCAUCACUGCUACCAGAACCACCUAUCACCUUCCAACCCAAACCCACUUUGCAAACACCGGCCCAAAAGGUGUCAUUGCAGAUGCUCAAUCCUUUGCCCGAGCGAAGCAGACAACCUUUCGACAGCGGAUUGCAAGCUUCGCCAGUAAUCUUACCUCCAGCAAGGCAGGACAAGUGGGUACUAGCAAGGCAAAUAAGAGGAAGACCCUUUCUGGCUCCUCCGCCUCAUCUGAUAGCGAUAGUCUCGCCCUAUCAGACGAUGAAGCAGACUCGGACUUCAUGAAGGCGUGGAGGGCAAAUCGUCUACAAGAGCUAGCCUCCCAAUCACAGUCUCAACAGAACCCGCUUCGGAAACAAUGGCCCAGUCAGCGUAGCUGGGGUACAUUUCUCGAAGUAGAUGCCAAUGGCUAUUUGGACGCGAUAGAGAAAGUUCCGGACGAUACUGUGGUCGUCGUCAUGAUCCACGAUCGUACUUCUGCUGCUAGUGAUCAAGUCGAAGAAGAGCUUGGUGUACUGGCAUGCAAGUACAACACCACCCGCUUUAUACGGUUACAUCAUGAGGUCGCAGAGAUGGAAUCGGUCGAUAUUCCAGCUGUUCUAGCCUACAAGGCUGGCGAUGUCAUUGCCACAAUCUCCGGUGCCAAAGCUGAGGGAUUAGAAGGUGUUCUCCUACAGUAA